GCGUGGGGGCGCAGGCGCCCGGGAGCCACCUGAGGCCACCGAGAAGCGGGCGUGGGCUAGAGGGGCCGAAGGGAGGAGGUGUUGAGCCCAGGUGGGCGCGGGUUCCCUCUUCGGCAGUCUGGGGACUGGAGCGAGAUGAACGGGUCCUCCAAUAGGAAAGUAGGACGACCGCAUUCCCCCGGCUGCUCGCAUUCAGAGGCUGGCAAGCGAUUUUAGCGGGAGUCUCUGGCAGGAUCCCCGGAGGCACGGUGGGCAGCCGGGCCGAUUCCUCCUCCCGCCCGGGGUGGGAAGAGUUCUCAAAAUGAGAAUGGGACUUAGAGCAUCAAUUCACUUAACUAGUCUCUGUCGCGAGAAACGCGUUUUGCUUAAAAGCAUCUAAAGCGCCUUGCGAAUGUGAGCUACCUGACGUCCGUCCGUCACGGAUCAGUAAGAGUUACAGCAGGAAAAAGAAGUCCAGCAGUUGAGCAGAGGUCAUUCUUGUGGAUCAGGCAUCAUGGCUACCUCUGCCCCACUGAGAACCUUGGAAGAAGAGGUGACAUGCUCCAUCUGCCUUGACUAUCUGAGGGACCCAGUGACCAUUGACUGUGGUCAUGUCUUCUGCCGUGGUUGUGUCAUAGACAUCCGAGCACCCCCAGGGGGCCGUCCAGCAUGUCCACUCUGUAAAAAGACAUUUAAGAAGGAUAAUAUUCGGCCAGUUUGGCAGCUAGCCAGCCUUGUGCAGAAUAUUGAGAGACUCAAUGUGGAAAAGGGGAGAGAAGCGAAGGAGAAGCGACCUGAGCCAAUGACAGUGAUGCAGUGUGAACGGCACAAGGAGAAGCUACAUUAUUACUGUGAGGAUGAUGGACGAUUCCUUUGUGUAAUGUGCCGGGAGUCCAGGGAGCACAAGUAUCACACAGCUAUCCUCAUUGAGAAGGCUGCCCAGCCCCACAGGGAAAAAAUUUUGAGUCAUCUGGGCACCCUAAGGAGAGACAAAGAGAAGGUUCAGAGUUUUCAAUUGAAGGGGGAAACUGAGAUUCAGCACCUGCUGACCAAACUCCAGAUGGAGAGGCAGAACAUUGCCUCAGAGUUUGCCCAGGGGCACCAGUUUCUGAGAGAACGAGAACAGCACCUGCUGGAAGGACUUGAGGGACUAGAGCAAGAGAUCAUUGAGGGAAGAGAGAAAUACAAUGUCAGGACUUCUGGGGAGCUCACCAGGCUGGGAGUUGUGAUCUCAGAAUUGGAGGAAAAGGCCCAGCAGCCAGCAGCAGAGCUCAUGCAGGACACCAGAGACUUCCUAACCAGGUAUCCACGGAAGAAGUUCUGGAGUGGGAAACCUAUUGCUCCAGCUAUUAGAAAAAGAACUGGAGAAUUCUCUGAUAAGCUUCAUUCCUUGCGGAAAGGCCUAAGGGAAUUUCAAGGGAAGCUGCUGAGAGUCCUGGAAUAUAAGACAGUGAACGUCACUUUGGAUCCUCAGACAGCCAGUGGAUACCUUAUAUUGUCUGAAGACUGGAAGUGUGUGUCCUUUACCAACAUGUAUCAGAGUCUAUACCAACACCCCCAGCAAUUUGAUCCUGAACCUGCAGUUCUGGGUAGUAAGGGCUUCACCUGGGGCAAAGUCUAUUGGGAAGUUGCAGUGGAGAGGGAAGGAUGGGGGGAAGAAGAAGGGGAUGAAGAAGAAGAAGGAGAGGAGGAGGAGGAAGAAGAAGAAAAUGGAUAUGGGGAAGGAGAGGAGGACUGGGAGACAGAUGAGGAUGAUGAAUCGGGAGGAGAUGAAGAUGAAGAUGAUCUGGAAGAGGAUGACAUUGUUCAGGAGUCUUGUCUGGUGGGUAUUGCCAGAGACACUGUGAGGAAGAAGGGGGAUCUCCGCUUAAGUCCUGAGGAUGGGGUAUGGGCUCUGCGUUUAUCAUCUGCUGGUGUAUGGGUUAAUACCAAUCCUGAAGCAGAGUUAUUCCUUGCCCAGCGACCCAGGAGAGUAGGGAUUGCUCUGGAUUAUGAUGGGGGUACAGUGACCUUCACCAAUGCAGAAUCACAGGAACUUAUUUACACAUUCUCAGCAUCCUUCACAAGGCGCUUAGUUCCCUUCUUUUGGCUAAAUUGGCCAGGAACAAGUCUUAUUCUGAAACCCUGAAAGACAGAGACAUUCAUACAUAUAGAUCCUCCCUUUGGCCCCUCACUUUCUUCAGUGCUCUGAUUUCCCUUUCACAGAGGCAAAUAGGCCUGGGAAUGAACAUGCUUUUUAUUGAGGGGAGAGAGUAUUCUCCUGGACAGGAUAUCAGGAACAGGAGAGAGGAGGGUUUUCUUGCCUCCUGCCAAUUCUUAUGUCCUUAGUUUCCAUGGCCCCCAUGUAGACUUGUACCAGGGCUAGUUCUACAACUUGACAUGUCCCAAUUAUGACAUUUCUGAUGGUCUCCCUUCUCCAUGAGGUGAUAAACUUCACUAAGGCUCUAGCCUUGAAUUCCACUUAUUCAAGUUCUCUCCCUCAAAGUCAUUCCCAGUACCAUUGGAAUUCUAGGCAAUUUUGAUGAUAAAAUCCAGGAGAAUUGCAAAAUCUAUUUCUCUAGUCUCCUGUCCCAUGCUUUCUCCCCUUUCCCCAUAAUAACCACCUACUCUUAUCUGGUUAACUGCUUCUCAUUCCUCCAUCCCAAAUCCUGCCUCUCUCCCAGUCCUUCCUUCAUGUAGUAGAGAGACAGUUUCCUCAAAACAUAAAUGAAAAUAUCUGUGGAAUAAAAUGGAAUUCCCCUAGGGUUUCUUUUAGGCUGAAAGACUCUAAGAUGUCAGAAGAAGGAAAGGGACUCCAAGGAUCCCAGGUGCUAGUGGGGAUCUAUUUCUCUUAGUACUUAUUGAUUAUGUAAAGCCCUUGAGUGAGGUCCUGACUGAAGUUCAUAGUCUGUAUUGGACCAGGGCUUUGUAGAUGAGGUUCUCAAUGGUUAUCAAGGUACCAACCUCAAGUCCUGAUGUCCUGAUGUGUACAUAGACCCAUUUGAUUUUGGGAAAAUUAUCAAGAUCAAUAAAUCACCUUUAUGAAUCUGUUAUUUUGAGUAUGUGACUGAGCCCAGGGUGUCUUAUUCCUGUGACUGGGUGUAGCACCUCUCCUCACUUCAAAGGCCAGUGAAUUGUAGUAGGUCCUCUAUUAUGCCUAUAGAUAGAAAUCCCCCUGGUCUCUGGUGCUUUUCCAAUCCUGACUGAGCUCCUCCAAAAAGGCCUUAACUUCUCCCUAAGAAGAGAUAGGGGAAAGAUAUUCAAGGUGCCUCAGAGGUCCACAAUCAGAUCUCCAGUUCUCUAUAGCACGAGAAGGGAAUAAAAUGACCACCUACCUCCUAGGGGAUAAAGUCCUGGCUCCUUAACUUAGCAUUUAUGGUCUUCCACAAUCUAAUGCUUAUUCAACCCAAUCUCAUGCCCUAACAAUCCAAAACAAACUCUGCCCCUGCCAAAUUACUCUAAUCAUUGUCUCUGCAGCCUCCUUACACACCAGAGUCACUGCUUACUCAUACAUUCGCAAGUCCCACCUGGAAUAUCUUUUUCCCUUUCCUGUCAAAGUCUUUGAGAGUCCACCCCAAAUCUAACUCUUCCAAGACCCAAGAGAUCUUUUUCAUUUGCUUCUGAUCAUAGUAAAUUUGUCAUUUCUUUUGUCCUCAUGUGUGUAUUCUUGUGUGUACCAUGUGGUGGCAUUUCUCAGAUAGUAACUUGUAUUGUUAAUUAACAUGUUUCAUAUGUUCAUAUUCCUCCCCCUCCCCCCCCCACUAGACUGUAAGCUAUGGAGGGACCAUGUUUCUCAUAUUCCACAGUGCUAGAUAUAUUGCAUUACUAGUACUGAAUAAAUAUUUGUCAAAUGAACUGGGUAAUGAAAAAGUAAUUUCAGUUGGACUUUAGAAUAUGUUCUGUAUUUUACAACAUGCACUGUGGUGUAAUACAGUGGGUCUCAAAGUACAAUUUGGGAUUCCCUGGGAAUCUCAAUCAAGGGGCCUGAAAAGUCAAAACUUUUCUUAAUACUAAUUUCCAAUAUGGUAAAUAUUGAUAGCAAUAACCCACAUAAACAAAAGCUCUUGGGGUAGGGUCUCAGUAAUAUUUAAGAGUGCAUCUGGGUCCUGAGACCUAAAAGUUUAAUAACCACUUAUAUAGAGGAUAAAAUGUUAGGUCAGGAAGACCACCUCCUAACAUUUACUAGCUAUGUGACUUUAGGUCUUACUUUUUUAUAAAAUAAAGGGAAUUUCUAAGUCCUUUAAGAACUCUGCCAGCUCUGAUUCUAGGAUCACUUUUUCCCUUCCGCCCAAUACAUUUGUACCAAAUUUGGAGCUAACUUGCUGGGUGAUUUGAGCAAAGAAUUUCUGAGUUGGAUUUCUUAGUUGCAAAAUGUUGAUAUCUUAAAGUUAUUAGCUCUGUAGUCUUUCUGUGAUUCUAUUAAUUUUGGCUCUGGUUAAUUUACAUUGUCAUUUUCUUUGCUUUCUUGUGAUCACUUGCCCUUUCUAGGUCAUAGUUUUAUCAUUUUGUAGGGAUAGGACUAUGUGGUCUCCUGGAGUUCUAAAAGGCUACAUGAUUUACUGAUUUCUAUGUGAUUCAUUACUGUUACACUCUGGGAGGAAGGAGGAGAGAGAACAGAAUGGUUGGAAUGCUUAAUCUCCAGGAAGAAUUUCUUUUUUUCCCUGCAAAAGUUUACUCUGAUUUUCUGGGUCAUACUUACCAGGGAUUUUCCAGGUUUUAAUUCUUCUUAACCUGAUACAUAAUUUUCACUUGGCAACAGUUUAGGCUUCUCAUUAGAGAAGGAGGCUGGGCAGAAUCAAUCCUAGGAUUGGAACCUUCACACUAGCCCCCUAGACUACCAGAUUUAUUCCCAGUCUUAGUUCUGGGAAAGUGAUUAUGACACUGAUAUUGAUAUUGAAAAUGAGCAUGGCUGCCAUGUUUGUCUCAUGGUUUAUUGAUAUCAGGCAUAGACAUUGAGAAUGGAAUAAACAUUAUGAGAAGCAUAGGGAAUAAAUGACUUUUGGUAGAAGCAAAAAGGAUGUAAUGAGAAAGCAAAAUUAAUGAAUUAAGAGUGAGGAAAUGAUCAAUGAAAAGAGCUUUAGAACCUUACUGUAUCCAAAAUAAACCCCCCAGUUUAUUUUGUCACUUUUAUGAACAACUGUAACUACCUUGCUUUUAAAGUCCUUUACAACUUAGUCCCAACUUAAACUAAUGUUUAUUAUAUACAUUACGCCCCUUUCAUUUUUUGGUCAAAUUGGCUUUUUUAUUAUUCUUCAUACAAAACUCAUUCUCUUAUUUCUCUGCUCUUACACUGACUGUCUCCUAUGCUAAGAAUACACUCCUGUUUCACUGGUGCAUGGGUGCCUUCCUUCCUUUAAAACUCUGGGGUACCUUCUGCAUAGAUCCUUUAUUGAAUGCUCCUCCCUCAGAAGGUAGUUGGCCUCUUUCCCAAAAUAUAUUUAUUUUUUAUGUGGUUGUUUAUGUGCAUAUUUGUUCUUGAAGAGAACCAAUGGCAUCAUGAAGAUGAUGUCUUGACUUAUGCAUGAAUUGUAUUUAAGUAAGACAGAACUGCACAAAGUCCUCAGACUCACUCACUCCUCCAGAAUCAUUGAAGUCCAGCAGCAAGAAAAAAAUCAAGAUGAUUGGUAGGUAAUGGCCUGGGAUGCCUGGGUGCAGGUAGGUCUUACAGGGCAGAAUAAUUAAGCUGGAUUUGCCAGAUUUAGUCUCAGGGUUUGCAUCAUCACCUGCAGCACACUCUGAGAUACAUUAGUGUCAGCACAUUGUUAAAUUUUCAUUUUCAGCAAGAGAAUUCAUACUUUGGAUAUUGUAUGUUUUAUCUCCUCCAGUGGAAUAUAAAGUUUUUGAGGGCAGAGACUGUAACAUUUUUUUUUUCUUUUCCUUUUAUUCCCAGUGUUUAGUAUAGUGUGUGGUACAUAUUAAGGAGUUGGCAUUAAAUUCAAAGACUGGUACUUCUAUGAGCAGAAAGGCAAAGUGAUUUAAAAAAAAAAGAUGAAGAGGAUAAUUCAGACAGCUAAAUAAAAGAUCAAAUGAUGUUU